AAAAAAAUAAACAAAUCGUAUAAUGUAACCUCAGAUUUUUCUUUUUCAAAGUCCACGUUUAUUUGAACAACAAAUCCUCUAAAUUUCCCAUAAAAUGGCCAAAAGUAUCCGUAGCAAGUGGCGUAGAAAGUGCAGGGCAGUGAAAAGAGUCCGUUAUGGCGAAAAAGAAUUGGAAAGAUUGAAAAAAACGCUUACCAAUGACCCGCUAAAUAAAGUCAAGACUGAGGCUGUUAUGUCCGAAAUCCAAGAAGUUGCAAACGUUAUUACUAUUGAAGACAUCGAAGCUGAGACUGUAGCGACACCAGCACCAGCCGCUGCUGGACCAAGCGAUGUAAUGGAUAUGGAAGAAAUCAGAAAAGAGUUUAACCCCAGGACUUUACGGGACAAACACGGAGCCUAUCCUGUUUGGGUGCAUCCGAGGAAAUUAAAGUCGACCAAAAAAAAUAAAAAGAAUAACAAGAACAAAAAAAAACUGAAGAGGAAUAACAAGAAGUAAUUUAUUAGGCUUAAGGGAUUUGUGUUGUUGUUGGAAGAAUAAAUGUAAAUAAUAAAAUAAAGGGCAUAAUUAUUUCUCAAAAAAACAAAUAUUUUAUUUUUACUUAUUCGGGUCUUUUCAAUAAUAAUAUCCGAUUUAAGGGCCAAAUUAUGG